AUGGGGUAUCGAAUUAUGGAUUGUCGUGAACCUAUGAAACAAGGGGUGGUAUCAAAUUUUGUUGUAGUACAGAAUAAACCAAAGGAGAAUAAGCCCAAUGCUCGGAUGUUCUCUAUGACUCAAAAAGAGGUGGACAACAUAAGCGAUGUGGUGGUAGGUACCAUUCUAAUCAACAAAAUGACUGCCUAUGUAUUGUUUGACCAUGAUACCACUCAUUCUUUUAUAUCUAAAAGAUUCAUUAUGAAGUUAGGACUCAUAGCUGAAAUACUUAGUGAAUCAUAUAGAGUGGUUAUGCCCACUAAUAAGGCCAUCGAAACUCAUAACUUGCAUCGAAGCUGUCAGGUCAGUAUUGGUAAUCAUACAUUCGAAGCUGAUCUGAUUCAACUAAACAUGAUUGAGAUUGAUGCCAUUCUUGGAAUGGAUUGGUUGGCCAAGAAUCACGCAUUAGUGGAUUACCACAGGAAGAUCGUCAAACUUCAGACUUCAAGCCAAGAAGAAAUCAUCUACCAUGGCAAGGCCAAGGAAAAGAGAUUGCUCCUGUCCGUAUCUCAGACUUGGAAAGCCAUGAGGAGCAGUGAUGAAAUCUAUCUAGUUAUGAUAAGUGAGGUGGAAGAGAAGAUCAAGGCCAGGCUAGAAGAAAUUCCAGUCGUUCAAGAAUUCCCAGAUGUAUUUCUUGAGGAACUACCUGGCACCGUUCCUAACCGUGAAGUAGACUUUGAAAUUAAUUUGGCACCAAGUGCGGUGCCAAUAUCGAAGGCACCCUAUCGAAUGGCCCUGACACAACUCAACGAACUAAAAGAACAACUUCAAGAGUUGUUAAACAAAAAGCAAAUCAAACUGAGCGCAUCUCCGUGGGCAUCCCUAGUUUUAUUUGUGAAGGAGAAAGAUAGGAGAAUAAGCAAGAUAAAGGAGGCAUUGAAGGCAACAUGGUCCGAGUCAUCAGACAAAUUCAAAUCCGACGAAGAGGAGCAAGCGAGCCUUCUUGCUCUACCAGUACUAGCACAUGUUACCGAGACCGAGUCUGAAUCCGAAAUCGAGAGCGAAUCAAAAACUGAGUCUGAAUGA